ACACGCUGAUUACAGUGUUUGCCGAUCACAGUGUAACAAUUACAUAAACCUUCCUUCCCCUCAAAGGCGAUGACCAAGGUUUUCUCUGGUUCCCGAUUUCUCCUGAAAACCCUCACAUUUAGGAGGAGUUCUCGCGUGUUCGGAGUGGACGCAGGGGCAGCUAGGUUUUCUUCCAAUGGCGGCGGCGGCGGCAGCGUUCGCUUCCCGUUGUCUGCAUCCAACGCUCUGGUCAUUCAAAAAGGAGACAUCACCAAAUGGUCCAUCGAUGGUUCCACUGACGCAAUCGUGAAUCCUGCAAAUGAGAGAAUGCUUGGAGGUGGUGGUGCAGAUGGAGCUAUACAUAGAGCUGCAGGCCCGGAUCUUCUUCGUGCAUGCCAAAAUGUUCCAGAAGUCAGGCCUGGUGUUCGCUGCCCAACUGGGGAGGCAAGGAUCACGUCAGGUUUUAGGCUGCCUGCUUCUCAUGUUAUUCACACUGUUGGCCCCAUCUACAAUGCUGUUAGUGAUCCUUCUGCCUCUCUGGCAAGUGCUUACAGGAAUUGUUUGAGGAUUGCAAAAGAGAACAACAUCCGCUAUAUAGCAUUCCCAGCCAUAUCAUGCGGUGUCUAUGGAUAUCCUUAUGAAGAAGCUGCUACAGUGGCGAUUUGUACCAUCAAAGAGUUUUGGAAUGACAUUAAGGAGGAAUUGCACCUCUUCACACACAAUGCUCAUGAUUCGGUCAAAUCCAAUGAUGAUUGAAGAUUGAGAUUGAGUGGAAGAUGAUGAAUUACUAUUGCCACCAAUUUCAACUGCAAUGGAGGAUGCCUCUUGUAGACUUGGAGAUACAUACUCAUCAUAUAGCUCUUCCAAUGAAUUUCGUACAUUUUUUAUAUUCUCUAACAACUUUUUCAUGUUUAUAUAUAUCAAUGGAAAACAUAUAUCAACAUAUGAAAUUUACACCUGGGAUCUAAAACACUAGCAAUUAGCCAUCAACUAAUUGCAUUCACCCCAAAUAUUUGUCAAACUUUAUUUUCAUUGUAGCAAAACUUAUGCAAGAUACAGACUAGAAGUAGUAUACUCACUACAUGAUAUCACAAGAAUGACUAGAUUAUACGCUUCACGAAAUUGACAAACUUUCUCAACUCUAUCCCAAUCUUAAUUUGAAUGUGUAAAGUCAUAAUGCGAUUCUCUUUCAUUGUAAGAUGGAAAUGCAAUCAGAAAUCUUAAAUGUCAAUACAAUUGAUAACAUGUGAUAUAUGCAAUUUCAUCUUGUUGGGACAUCAAGUAUAAGCUUUCUAUCUUUCAGUCCCUUGUGUUCAUUGACAUCACCUUGCAUCAUUAUGGCUACACUUUCACGAAUGUUGUAUUGAUAUCGUUAAUUUUGCUAAGGCUAUCAUGCACUAACAAGUUUAAAAUAACUUACUACACAAUAACAAGCUGUCUUUCAAAUGUCUUAAGCAUGAAUCAUCGUAAGAUGCAUUGUCGACUAAAACUGAAAAAAAACCUAAUUUCCAGUUCCCAAAGAUUUCAAACACUUGGAAACUGCCUUAGCCAGAUCAAUCUCACACCUUACAAAACUCAACUCAAUACCUUCUUUUGGAGUUUCUACCCAACAUUAAUGAAAUGGUUAGUGAUAACCAUGUGAUUUGCUACUUGGUGACUUGAUCUCCAUAUGUCAGUAGUAACACUAAAUUAGCUUUCACUAUUUUCUUUAUUCCGACUAACUUUUGAAAAUAUGAAUUCGCUUAUUGGAAGACCCACAUCCAAAUAUCAUCCUCAACAACAUUAAAAGGGAGCUCGUACACCAUAGUUGUAGUAGCAAUAAUUUCCCUUAUCUUCUCAUGUGCAUAUCUAACCCCAAAACUCAUAAAUGGGUUGCCUAAUUUAGAAGUUUAAAAUGAUUAAUAACUGUUUCUGUAGUCAUGUGGAGCCUCUUUUUCAUGCAAGUUGAAAAAGAAUAAAAAUGCAUGAAAAUGAGGUUUUAUAUGACCACAGAAGAAAGUGUUAGUCCUUUUCAUGGGGUUAGAUAUUCUAAUGAGAAGAUAAAUAAAAUUAUUGCUACUGCUAUUUUGGUGCAUGCGCUCCCAUUUAAUGUUGCUGAGGAUGAAGUUUGAAUGUGGGCCUUCCGAUAUGUGAAUUCAGAUUUUCAGAAAGUUUGUUGGGAAUCAACAAGAGGAUUGCAUGAGAUUAUAUAAGGCAAAAAAUGAAAUUAUUAAAAGCUUUGAUGAUAAGUGUUAGCAAAUUUUGUCUAACUAGUGAAGAUUAAGUCCCUAAGUAGCAGAAUACAUGAUUAUGACUAGUCAUUUUAUUGGUGCUAGGUGGAAACUCCAAAAGUGGGUAUCGUAUUUUGUAAAAGUUCAUGGGAUUGAUGUGCUCGAUGCAAGAAAAGUUUAAGUGAAGAUAGUAAUAUAAUGGCCAAACCAGCUAUAAUAUGAGCACCGCUGCUACCAUUUUGAUUUUGGAUUAUAUUUUCCAUUUAUUUAUGUACAACAACUCAUAGUAGACCGCAUUAAGCUCAAGCAUGUGAAGCCACAACUAACCGAAACUCAAUAUUCAAUGACAAAAUUGCAAAAUAGAAGUUAAAAAAUUUGCAUAUUCACUACAGAAUUGCAAAAUGGAACAAUGAUAAAACUCUCAUAUUAGAGAAAACACACAACUAGAGGAUCUAAUGGCUAAAAACCACAAUCAAAUAGGUCUUAAGACUUUAACAUAAAACCACAAUCAAAUAGGCCUCAGGUAUGUACAACACAAAUAACAGUUCGGUUCUAAAAACUUAGAGGCAACAAGAUGCAACUGCCAUUACACUUAAAAAAGGUUACAAAUCUUCAUAGUAAUCUCCUCAGAUUGUUCAUCCACGUACAAAAUAAGAGAAUAGUUGAUGUUAUUGGACUGAAAAAUACUUCAAUAAUAAUAAUAAUAAUAUUACAAAUAAAACAAAUACAUCUCAAAGACGUUUCAACCUUUCACUUUCGCUUCAAGUUAUACUUGUGACGAAGUCAAUCCCCACCACUAAUAAGUGCUUCAAUAGAUUCCAAAUUCCAUAUAUAGCCAAAUUCAUCGACACCUCUCCCUCCAACCCUAACAAUAGCUAGAAUAUCAGUAGCCAUCUUUGACAAGAUCUUAUAUUUUAAGCUAAAGUUCCUCCACCACUAUUUUCUUCUUUUAUCUUAUAUAAUCUCAUACAAUCCUCUCGUUAUUCCCGACUAACUUAUUGGAAGACCCACAUCCAAAUAUCAUCCUCAACAACAUUAAAAGGGAGUCGUACACCAUAGUAGUAGUAGCAAUAAUUUCCCUUAUCUUCUCAUUUGAACAUCUAACCCCAAAACUCAUAAAUGGGUUGCCUAAUUUAGAAGCUUAAAAUGAUUAAUUACUGUUUCUGUAGUCAUGUGGAGCCUCUUUUUCAUGCAAGUUGAAACAGAAUAAAAAUGCAUGAAAACGAGGUUCUACAUGACCACAGAGAAGAAAGUGUUAGUCCUUUUCAUGGGGUUAGAUAUUCUAAUGAGAAGAAAAAUAAAAUUAUUGCUACUGCUACUUUGGUGCUUGCGCUCACAUUUAAUGUUGUUGAGGAUGAAGUUUGAAUGUGAGCCUUCCGAUACAAGAGGAUUGCAUGAGAUUAUAUAAGGCAAAAAUGAAAUUAUUAAAAGCUUUGAUGCUUCUCAUGCUUAAGAAAUGAAGGACAACUUGUCAUAAAGUAGUAAGUUAUUUCUAUGCAAGGCAUUAUUUCAUGUUAAAUAUUGUGCACAUUUAUUCAACUUGUUACUGCAAGAUGGCUUUAGCAAAAUUAAGGAUAUCAUUUACAACAUUCGUGAAAGUGUAAAGUAUAUUAACCAUAAUGAUGCAAGGUUGCUUUCUAUGAUGUUGUUGAACAAAAGGGAUUGAAAGAUUGGAAGCUUAUACCUGAUUGCUCUUCAUAUCAGAUGCAUUAAAAUUUAAGAUUUCAUUUCUUUACAAGGAAAGAGGGCCACAUUAUGACAACGCACCUUCAAAUGAGGAUUGAGAUUUAAAUGAGAAAGUUUGUCAAUUUUUUGAAGCAGUUAAUCUAGCCACUCUUGUGAUAUUAGGUAGUGAGUAUCCUUCUUCUAAUCUGUACUUUGCUGAAGUUUAGAGGGUGCAACAAGUUAUUAAUAAUGCAGCAGAGGAUAUAGGUGUCUUUACGAGAGAAAUGGAAACUCCAAUGAAAAUAAAGUUUGAUAAAUACUGGGGUGAGUGCAAUUUUUUGAUCUCAGGUGCAAAAUUAAUAUUGUUGAUAUCUGGCUUGUUAAUAGCGCGCUAUAGCGGCGCAAUAGCUCUUUAGCGUAGCGCCCUGAGGUUCACCGCUACUCCGCUAUUCGCCGCUAUUGUCUGCUAUUUGCCGUUAUAGCGUUCGAAAUAGCGUUUUUUAGGCUUGCCGCUACGCUACGCUAUCCGCCAUUUACAACCCUGGUUGAUAUAUGUUUUCCGUUGAUAUAUAAACCUGAAGAAGUUGAUAUGGAGAAUAUAAAGAAGCAACAAAAUUCAUUAUAUGAUGAGUAUGUGUCUCUAAGUCUACAUACAAGGUCUUGUCAAAGCUGACUAUUGGUAUUCUAGCUAUCUCAAUUGCGGCCUCAGAGUCUUACUUUCAGUGCUCUAGGAAGAGUUAAUGAUGAAUUUCGCUCUAGACCGAAUGAUGAAUCUAAUUAAUCUAUUGAAGCCCUUAUUUGUGGUGGGGAUUAAAUUCGUCACAACUAUAACUUGAAGAAAAAGUCAAAGGUUAAAACUUCUUCUUUUGUGGAGGGUAUUUGUAUUUAUUAUUAAUUUUGAAAUAUUUUUCGGUCUAAAACAUAAGUUAUUUUCUUAUUUUGGAGGUGUAUGAACAACCAAAGGUGACCACCUUGAUGAUUUGAGACUUUUUUUAUGCUGCAUCAUAGUUUUUAGAACUAAACUGUUAUUUGUGUAGCUAAGGCCAGAGACUUUUGAUUGUAGUUUAUAGUUUAGUAAGGGCCUAAGACAUAUUUGAUUGUGUGUUUUUUAGCCAUUCGAUCUUCUAAUUGUGUUUUCUCUAAUAGGAGAGUUCUAUCAUUGUUUUGUUUUACAAUUCGUUAGUGAAACUGCAAACUAUUUUGCAUUUUUUGAAUAUUGACUUUCUGUUAGUUGUGGCUAUGUGCAGAGUCUAUUAUGAGUUGUACAAGAAUUAAUGGAAAAAUAUAAUUCAAAAUCAAUUUGUAUCUGUUAUCGAGACAAAACAAACGAAGGUUGUCACCUUCAAAACCAGAUUGCAUAAAGUCAGCCAAGAUCAAUAUAAUAAGAGCAUCUCGAACCAUGUGACGCAAACUAAGAUCUCAAAUUGUAAGAAACGUCGCAGAUGAGAAAACACAGCAGACCCAUGAACCAAACUGGAAGAGAAAGACCGAAUGACCAUUAACGGUGGCGCCACAACACACGUCAAAUAAAGGGCUUUAAAAACCAAACUUGGCCAGAACACAAAUAGGACCAACGAGAACAAUGCAGCGCAAUACAAUUAGAUCCAACCAAACACUUCUUGAAUACAACCUCCACCAAACCAGCAACAAGGAUAGCGAUUGUCAGCGGUGGUUGACUGUGGUCUCUAUUAGGAUAUUUAGCAAUAUCCAACACUUCCCCUCAAGCUAUAACAUACAUGUCAUAUGCAUAGCUUGUAACAAAUAUAGUUAACUUGAGAAGCCGCUGCUGCUGGAGAGAGAAAUUCCCAAAAACAAUCCAAAAAUCUUUUCCAACUCUAAAACCACAACUAUGCCAACCAAAACCAAGAAACCAAACAAGAAACUAGAGCAACCCAACACACUAAUUGAGAACUUGACUGGACCAAAGAGCCACGUGGUGUAGAGAACUGUACGGUUAGCAAUCUUGGGGUACUUCAUACGGUAUAUAAGCCCUGGAAGCAGCUCUGAUAACUUGAAUAUGAUAAUUUUUUAUAUUGAUAUAUUGAUAAACUUGUACAAUAUAUAUAGAUGUAAAAGAUAUCAAAACUAUAUCUUUCUAAAUCUAAGAUAUACUAAUCUAAGAUAGAGAAACAAAUCUAAACUAUAUCUUAAUGAGAUAAGACUAAUAAUAAACUAAAUCUUAACAGAUAUUCAACAGUAUCAAUGAAGCUCAUAUUAUAGCUCAUUUGACCAUUAAAUUAUCUGCAAUGAAACUUUUUCUUGGUCCCUUGGUGAGAAUUUCAUUGUACAUAAUUGAGCGUACUGAUUUAAUUGCAAAUGCCUAUAUUUGUUCUUUGUAAGUGGAUUUAAAUUAAUCUAGUCGAUUUAAAUAAUUUGGAAAGACUAGAAACCUUCUUUUGAAUAAAUUUGUCAUUAGUCUAUUUGAGCUAUUAAAUGAAAUAUGCCUUUUAAUAGACUUGAAAGUAGGAGAAACUGUAUUAUUAUUUCUUAAUCAGAGAAUACAAAGGGUAAUUACAUUAUAUAGAAGAAGACUAAUCCUAAAUAAGGAAAUAACUAAUUAUGUACACAAUCUCCUAAUAAGAGAAUAAAUCUCCUAAUACUGAAUAUAAUAUUCUAAUAAUAAUUCUUAUAUUAAUUCCUUAUUUACAACACCCCCCCUCAAGCUGGUGAAUGGAUAUCUAUCAUUCCCAGCUUGCAAGUAAGCUCUCUAAACCGCUCCAAGGGAAGUCCUUUGGUGAGCACAUCAGCCAACUGAAGUCCUGAGGGGACGUACUGUGUAGAUAUAAGACCACUAUCCAAUUUCUCUUUGAUAAAGUGUCGGUCUAUCUCUAUGUGCUUUGUUCUGUCGUGUUGGACUGGAUUGUGCGCAAUACUAAUGGCAGACUUAUUAUCACAGAAGAGUCUCAUGGGAGCUUCAUACUUUAUUUUUAAAUCAUCUAGUAUGAUCUUCAUCCACAACA